ACAGAAACUCUUCAGCACAAGCAGCGUGCUUUCUACUGAGAAGGAUGAAUCUGCCCCUUCCAAAGACAGCACCACUAAAGUGGCAUCAAAGGGUCAGGAGAGGACAGCAGAAACACCAAAGCAGAAGUUGUUAGACGUUAUUGGUGAUAUGAAAGUAGAAGUGAGCUACAGGAAGAAACUCCAACAGUUAAAAACACGUGAUGUCGAAAAGCAAGCCAUAAACAUGCUGGAAGGCCCAGGCAGCGAAGGUACUGUGCCUCAGAGAACUACAGAAGACAUCCAGCGAGGCAAGCCUUUAAAUCCAGAACUGGUGGAGGCUGCUUCUGCAGUCGCGUCUUCCCUCCCACUCAACAAGAAACAGACAGUAUCAGAUCUACUUGCACAAUUAAGAAGACACGAAGAAACCACAGAUAAACAGAAAAAGGGGAAAACUAUUAACAUACGCAACGUUAUUUCAGAAAUGGCAGUUAAAAGGCAGUCCCCAGCUCAGAGAGGUGUGAGGAUAUCCAAUCGUAUUUCCUUGGACUUGGAUGAGGAUCGUCAAAGAAUCAAGCCUGAAGGAUUGUCACCUCCGUCUUUUGACUCCAGAAGAAGUCUCAAAGUAGGAAGGAGGCUUAAUAUAUUCACUAAGGCCUCUACAGAAACAGAAAAGGCACUGGAAACAG